AUGCCUGUCGAGAGUGUGUUAGGGGGUGUGUUAGAGUGUGUUCCAUGUGCUCGGAGUGGUCAGAAAGGAAGAGAUAUCUUCAACACAUGGCAAAACUUUACACAAGACGACAAAAAGAAGUUGCCAACCUACUACGAUCGAUUUGAGCAACACGUAAGUCCAAAGUCUAAUCCUGUCUUCGCACAAUACAAAUUUCAUCAGAAGAUCCAAUCACCUGAUGAAUCCGUAGAGCAAUUCACCACUGAGCUUCAAAUCCUCGCACAAGACUGCGAAUUCACCAACACAGAUGAGAUGAUUCGCGACAGAAUUGUCUUUGGCACCAAAUCAAUGAAAACUAGAGAAAUGCUGUUCAACGAAGGAGCAGGUGUUACUCUCGAAAGGGUUAUCAACAUCGCACGAUCCUACGAAGCAUCACAAGCUCAGCUAAAAGCUAUGAAUCCCGUUGGAAACGAGAGAAAAAUCGAUGUUAUUUCGCGUCCUAAGAGCCGAAAUAUACAACCAAAACAUGGCACUUCUGCACAGGCAGCCCAGCAGUGCAACCUGAAAUCUACACAGGCAGCCCACUGGCACUGCGAUGAAAAUCCAGCUAAUAAUUGUGAAAAUUGCGGUCGCUCUCACAGCAAAUCCGAAGCCUGUCCAGCCAGAGGUCAAACCUGCAAUUAUUGCAAAAAGAAAGGCCACUUUAUUCAAGUCUGCAGGAAAAGAAUGCGAUCAAAACAAAGAUUUCACGAAAUUCAAGACACUGCUAUAUCAUUUGAAGAAAAUUUCGAGACCUUGGCAUUUGAGCCUAUCAAAGCAGAUAAAGAUGAAGUAUUUGCUACUGUCAACGUCGACAUCGCCGGAAGAGGAAAAGAGGAAACUACUCUAAAAGCAAAGAUCGACACGGGAGCCCAAGGAAACGUGCUACCCCUCCACAUCUAUCACAACAUGUACCCCCAAAAUAUCAACGCCAACAGCAAACCAAGGCCAAGAACACUGAGCCAAUCAAAAGUCAUUCUAGUAGCAUAUGGUGGCUCAGAAAUCAAGCACUUCGGUACAGCCAAAAUCCCAUGUGAGUUCAAAGGCAUCAAGAUAACAGCAACCUUCUAUCUCAGACACCAGCGGUCCCACAAUCAUCUUCACACCGCAACUCAACUCAACCUUGUGAAAUUCAAUCUUGAAGUGAAAAAAUCUCCACAACCUGAACCUUGUACUCAAUCAGUCAGAUUGGCACCAAUCGGAAGCAAACAAGAUCUCAUCGCACGGUACCCAGAAUGCUUUGAUGGAAUAGGAAAGCUCAAGGGUGAGUAUCAUAUCACCUUGGAUCCUGCAGUACCUCCAGUAGUCCAUCCCCCACGCAAAGUACCCAUCAGCAUGAAAGAUGAAAUCACGGAUGAAUUGGACAACAUGGUAAAGAAUGACAUCAUAGCAAAGAUACAGGAAGGCGAACCUACAGCUUGGGUCAAUAGUCUUGUCUACCGACGAAAGUCAAAUGGAAGGCUCCGCCUCUGUCUAGACCCAAAAGACCUAAACGACGCAAUUAAGCGUGAACACCACGUCACCCCUACUCUAGAGGAAAUUCUUCCCAAGCUAAAUGGAGCCAAAGUAAUCUCAAUAGUCGACGCAAAAUGUGGCUAUUGGAACAUUAUCUUAGAUGAAGAUUCGAGUUACCUUACAACGUUCAACUCAUCCUAUGGGUGUUACCGUUUCAAGAGAAUGCUAUUUGGACUGAAAAUGUCGCAAGACAUUUUUCAAACCCGCAUCGACCAAACCUUUGAAGGAUGUCGUGGUGUCAUUGCCAUUGCAGAUGAUAUUGUGGUCUAUGGAGAUUCGGAAGCAUCACAUGACGCCAACAUGCAUGGUAUGAUCAGUCGAUGUAAAGAAACUGGCCUGAAGUUGAACCCCGACAAAUGUUUCAUUAAACAAGACCAGAUCAAAUUCUAUGGAAUAAUCUGUACCAAGGAUGGCAUCCAACCAGAUCCUAGCAAAGUGUCAGCUCUCAAACAGAUGGCACCACCAGCGAACAAGCAAGAAGUCCAGACCUUCCUGGGGAUGGCAAAUUACAUGAGUCCAUUUAUACCCAACUUGAGCACCCUGACUGCACCACUACGAGAGCUAAUCACAGACAAGACACCAUUCUGUUGGAAUGCAACAUACCAACAAGCCCUAGACAAAAUCAAGGAAUCUAUAAGCAACAAAGUAAUGUUAACCUACUUUGAUUCAUCAAAACCGAUUGUCCUUCAAGUCGAUGCAUCGCUUCAAGGACUUGGCGCAGCCUUGUUGCAAGAUGAGAAGCCUGUUGCCUUUGCAAGCAAAGCCUUGACUAACACAGAGACGCGUUAUGCUAAUAUAGAGAGAGAGAUGCUAGCUGUUGUUUACAGAUGUGAAAGGUUUCACACUUACCUGUUUGGCCGUAACUUCACUGUUCAUUCUGACCAUAAACCGCUCGAGAGCAUACACCUGAAGCACCUGACAGCAGCUCCACCCCGACUUCAACGGAUGCUACUCAGGCUCCAACCAUAUGAUCUCAUGAUAAAGUAUCAGCCAGGAAAAACUAUGGAAAUCGCAGAUGCUCUUUCCAGACUUUCACCAGAGGAAACUGGCGAAGUCAAAGGCAUGGACAUCCAGAUACAUGAAAUACGCCCUCAAUUCAGCAACGACAUGAUCAAGAGAAUCAAGGAGGCUACAGCAGCCGAUCCAGAAUUAAGCGCAUUGAAAGAACAAACAUACAUCGGUUGGCCUUCAGACAUCAAAGGAGUACCAGCUCUCAUUAAGCCAUACUGGGCAUUCAGAGAUGAAAUAUCCAUAGACAACAGAUUGAUAAUGAAACGACACAGGAUUAUCAUCCCUAAAGCACUGCAGAAUGUAAUCUUCCUGAAACUCCAUGCUUCACACCAAGGCACAGAGAAAACAAAAUUACGUGCAAGAUCUGCUUUUUAUUGGAGAGACUUAAACAGAGACAUUGACAAUGUCACGAAAUCAUGCAGUAUCUGUCAAGAGCCGCAGAAGAAAAGAACCAUUGAUGCCAACAGAAAUUCCUCCACGUCCUUGGCAUACAAUUACUACUCUAAGUUCACAUUUGCCAGGAAAAUUCCGCCAGGGAAAAGCACCAGCAAGACUGUUAUUGAGCUGAUGAAGCAGAUAUUCAGUGAACAUGGAAUUCCACACGUGGUAAGGUCUGACAACGGUCCUCACUAUAAUUGUUACAGUUUUACUGAAUUUGCUCAACAAUAUGGUUUCAAGCAUGUGACGAGUUCCCCCCACUUUCCAUCCAGCAAUGGAUUUAUUGAGUCGCCAGUCAAGACAACAAAGAAAACCCUGAAGAAAGCCAAAGCAACCAACAGCGAUCCCUAUCUCGCGUUGAUGUGUUUAAGAAGCACCCCCAUUGAUGAAAAAUUACCUUCACCAGCUGAACUGCUUCUCGGAAGACCACUACAAGAUAAUCUCCCGAGGAGAAUCCAGGCAAGCCCCAACAAUGAUGAUAUCACCGAAAGGCUUGAAUAUAGGCAAGAGAGACAACGUCAUUAUCAUGAUAGAGGAUGUAAGUCACUUCCAGACCUAACCCCAGGUCAACCUAUCAGAAUUCAAGAUCCAGUAUCUUCCACUUGGAAACCUGCCAUGGUAAAAGAAAAGCCAGAUAAAGUUCCACGUUCUUAUACAGUAACCACACCAGCAGGACAGGAACUACGGCGUAAUCGCAGACAUGUCAAGGAAGCACCCUCCGAUAAUAAAUGGUUAAGUCAUCAAGCUUCAAAGCCGGAAGACUCAAAACUGAUGGCAGGAAAAGAGAUGCAGAACCCUAGCAAACCUGGGACAGUCACCAGAAGUGGACGCACGGUGAAACCACCAGAGAGAUAUGGAUUUUCGGACAUUGAACAUUGUUUAUCAUUGAACCUUAUGUACUGA